AUGAAUGAUAUGAUGAUCAAGCCCACCAGCACCGCGGGUGCUCUGGCUGAAGCUUCCGGCCUUCCUUCCGGUGGCCUUGCUUCGGGCGGUACCAAACCCGGCGGCUCCGUUCUGGGUCACUGCGGCCUUGUGACCUCCAGCUCCGGCUCCGCCAAGUCGGGUCUCACGGGUGCUUCAGGUGCUGCCACCAAGCCCACACACCUGCUGCUGCUUGCCGCAGACUCGGAUACAUGUCGCCUGCUGCAAGUGCUCCUUGUGAAGGCUACACUCAACUCUGGAGACGAGCAUCGCCAUGAUCAGACAGACGACCUGGCGCGCCAGGUCUACGAUCAGUUGUUGAUCGAGGAGGACUCAAGCUACCAAGGCCUCUACUACGAGAUUCUGGUUGCGUUUUUCGACGGCCCUAAAGUCUUCACUCUGCGCAGCUUCGUUCCCUUCUCUGAGGCCCCCGGUGUCGCUCCACUGGUUGCUUUCGUAGAUGACAUCUACGUUGACCUCCUCCAGCAGGAGCAUGCCAUCAGCCUGCUGGACGUCGCGGACGGCAAACUUGACAUCCUCAAACGUGACGUCAGUUACAACAAGCAGCACGAGUUGUUCAACCAACUCCAGUCGUGUGCUCGCGAUCUGAAGCGAUCUGAGAAUUUGUACAACACUGCCUCCGAUCUGGAGAACGAAUGCUUCUGGAUCGACUCACUGGCCUGCAAGCUUCAUGACUUGCUGGCGGCUGUCAACAACCCGGACAUUGCCCGCCUCUUCCUGGUUGCCGUCUGGAGACUGAGCACCCGAGCUCUUCUCUAUGGCCAUAUCGAUGCGGCCAAGAUGAUGUGUGAAGACAUGUACACUCACUCUGUCAUCUGCAACCACGAUGCCAGUUUCCUUACUGACCGCAGCAACCUCAUUCUUGUUCGCGGCUUGGUCUACAUGGGCUUGGGCCAGUUCGAUGUGGCUCGUGGCUGCUUCUCAGGUGUCAUCAACUACAAGUCCCUUGCCAAGGGUCCUGAGGACCACAAGACGAUUCUGGCGCGCCGAUGCCUAGCGGCUGCUUUGAUGCUGAAGGGCCGUCACUCACCUGAUUGGUAUCAGGGAGUGAAGAUUCUGCAGAAGAUUCACACCAUGACUUUGCCCGGCACCCCCAGAAACGACCUGAUCCGAGCCCAUUGCGUCUGGGAGACUCGCAAGGUUGCCAAGGGUCGCCAUCUUGAGUGGCUCAAUCAGUUUCUGAUCGACCGAGAGCGAAUUGUUUCCAAGAUGUGGGCCACGGCCGACAUUUCGAACCAUGACACGUUGGCUCCUGAGCCGCAGGCUGAUGCCAACAGUUACAUGCUCUCCACUUCCGUAUGCAAUGGCGCUCUGGAUGGCCAGGUAUCCCACGAUAUGGAGAUGGCAGAUGCUGUCCGCGGCCAGGUCGAUGGUUGGAGCAUUGUCAGCAACGGUAGCGACGAGUAUCAGGCUUCGACUGACUUGGAUGACUCAUCUGAUGAUGAGAAUUCGUCCCACGGCGACUGGGUGAUGAUUUGA